AUGAAGACCCAACACAUCACCCUCCCCACCAUCCAAAUCGCGGCCGCCGCCUUCUUCGCCGCCUCGGCCGAAGCAAAAGUCUACUGCACCGACACCGCGGGCAAAGUCGUCGCCCAAGCCAGCUGCGACGGCACCCAGCCCGCCAACACUUUCUUCCUCGCCGAGCACGAGGGCGACGAUCUUCAGCUCGGGGACGUCAUCGCCGAAGAUAAAGUCGACGCCUCGCACUCCGCCGUUGCCGCCCGCGGCAUGGAGGCGCUCGAGGCCGAGCAGGUUAGCGGCGGGUUCGGGCGCAGGUCGCCGCAGAGGCAGUGUGACCCGUCUCUUGGACACUGCGUUGUUAGUGGUGUUGGUAAGGGCGGUAACACUGGUGGUGGUUCCAAUGGUUCUUAG